AUGAACCAAAGUAUGGGGCGAAUAAUAAAAUUUGACCUGAUGAUGGCGGUACAAAUAGUGUCAAGGGAAUGCUUCUCAUCCAAGGCGGAGGACCGACUGUUCAGGAAACUGUUCAGAAGAUAUAACCAGUUCAUCAGACCAGUGGAGAACGUCUCUGACCCCGUCACUGUGGAGUUUGAGGUUUCCAUCUCACAGCUGGUCAAAGUAGAUGAGGUGAAUCAGAUCAUGGAAACAAACUUAUGGCUCAGGCAUAUUUGGAAUGACUACAAGCUGCGAUGGAUGCCGGCUGAGUUUGACGGGAUUGAGUUCAUUAGAGUUCCAUCAAACAAGAUUUGGAGACCUGACAUUGUGCUCUACAACAACGCUGUAGGUGAUUUCCUUGUGGAGGAUAAGACCAAGGCUCUGCUGAAGUUUGAUGGUACCAUCACCUGGGUUCCUCCAGCCAUUUUCAAAUCCUCCUGCCCCAUGGACAUCACCUACUUCCCCUUUGACUAUCAAAACUGCUCCAUGAAGUUUGGCUCCUGGACUUAUGACAAAGCCAAGAUUGACCUGGUACUUAUUGGGUCCAAGGUGAACCUGAAAGACUUCUGGGAGAGCGGCGAGUGGGAAAUUAUUGACGCUCCCGGCUACAAGCACGAUAUCAAGUACAACUGCUGUGAGGAGAUCUACCCAGACAUCACCUACUCCUUUUACAUCCGGCGCCUGCCACUCUUCUACACCAUCAACCUCAUCAUCCCCUGCCUCCUCAUCUCUUUCCUCACAGUGCUGGUUUUCUAUCUCCCGUCUGACUGUGGAGAGAAGGUCACGCUCUGUAUCUCCGUCCUGCUCUCCCUCACUGUGUUCCUGCUCGUUAUCACUGAGACCAUCCCCUCCACGUCGCUGGUCAUCCCGCUCAUUGGAGAGUACCUGCUCUUCACAAUGAUCUUCGUCACACUCAGCAUCGUCAUCACCGUGUUUGUGUUGAAUGUACACUACCGCACGCCCAUGACCCACACUAUGCCGGGUUGGGUGCGCUCUGUAUUUCUCAAAGUGCUGCCGAGGAUUAUGCUGAUGCGGAGACCGAUUGAUGAAGACAGCAAGGCUGGGGGGUUGGACAGCAGUGGGGAGGCAGGAGGAGCUGGAGGGGGAGGAGGAGGCGGAGGAGGGAAAGGAGGGAGGAAAAGGAAGAAUAGCUUGAUGCAGCAGGUUGGUGGGGGCUCCCUGAACUGUCUGGAGUUUGGGGACAGUAAGCUCUCUUCCAUGGAGGGCUGCACUGGGAAGAAAUGCCCGUGCCCCUGCCAGCAUGGGAAGGAGACCCCAGAAACAACAGACACGGCGAAGAUGACGCAUCAGCUGAGUCCGCAGAGCAUCAACACAGUGGUGGCCUUUUCUGUGGUUUCACCUGAGAUUAAACAGGCCAUCGAGAGCGUCAAGUACAUCGCUGAGAACAUGAGGAGCCGCAACAAGGCCAAAGAGGUGGAGGAUGACUGGAAAUACGUUGCCAUGGUGAUUGAUAGAAUCUUCCUCUGGGUAUUUGUGACCGUGUGCGUCCUGGGAACCGUGGGCCUCUUCCUCCAGCCGCUUUUUGGAUUUGUCUCAUAA